AUGCAGGCCCGUGAUCUAGAGAAAAGAUUCUGUGAAAGGGGCUAUAGCAAUCGGAGCAUUAAAAGGGCAUACUGGAGAGCGAAAAAAACGGAUCGUGCGUCAUCCCUACAUAGAACAAGGACCAACAAGACAACUGACAACCAGGUGAGGUGCAUUUUAGAUUAUAACUCUCGUAGCCAUGAGAUUAGGCAGAUACUUGAACAGCAUUGGCCCGUUCUACAAGUGGAUGAGACACUAAAUGGUAUGAUACCUUCGAGACCAGCGAUUGCAUAUAGACGGAAUAGAAACUUGAAGGACCUUCUGGUGAGGAGCCACUAUGAGACUGAGGAGCCAUAUUUAUUUGGCUCCAAGGGCCCCAAAAACGGCUGCUCCCCAUGUGGUAAAUGCCUUGCAUGUAGUAAUAUAUUACGGACUGAUAUGUUUCGCAAUUCAUCCUGUACCAAGUCAUAUGAAAUUAGGCAGAAAAUAAACUGUGUAACCAAAGGGGUGGUAUAUGUUGCACAAUGCCCAUGCGAAUUGCUAUACGUGGGCAUGACCACCAGGGAGCUCCGCCGACGGGUCAGAGAGCAUAUCCUGGAUAUUAAUGCGGCAGCCAAUGAAACAAACCUUCAGUCUUUGAAAACCCUACCAAGACACUUUAAACUUAAACAUAACAGUGAUGCCACUCUCCUCAAAUUCAUAGGUAUCGACCACGUCCCGGUGGGUAUCAGAGGUGGCCAAUGGAAGAAAUUGGUUGCACAAAGAGAAACGCGAUGGAUCUUCAGGCUGGACACACUUGUACCUCACGGCUUAAAUGAGAUGUGUUAUGAGACUUACCAACCAGGGCCAUCACGUGACUACUUCUAGCCUCCUUCUAUCGUUGGAGUGACCUUACCACCGGAAUCAUGUUGGGACUCUCUUUCUCUUAUCAAUUUUAAAACAUACUUUUUUAU